AUGCUCAAUUCCAGUGGUCAACGCCUCUGGAUCUGCACCAGAUGUGUUCGUCGCGUGACACGGCCAAAGACGACGCCGACUGCUAUACUUCAACAGCGGCGAUGGGAGACGACAGCCGCCGCAGAGGCUACACCCUUCUUCAACCCAGCCGACCAUCAUGUUAGCUCCCGACAUGACGACACCGUCCUUCGCGAUCUUUUCGAUGCCCCAUCUGGUGGUCUGUCGUUCCCGAGUUUCAGCCUCAAGAAGAGCCGCGGCCUCUUUAAGAAUCGGUACCUAACGAGCCCCGAUGGGUUCUUUGUGUUUGCGCAAAAGAAUCUGGAAAAGGCCACACGGCUCGUGCAAAGAGUCCUCGAUGCUUCGACAACCGAACAAUAUCAGGGCAUCGUCAAGGACUUAGAUCGGUUGAGUGAUUUGCUUUGCCGAGUUCUCGACUUGUCCGACUUUGUACGCAUGACACAUCCCGAUGCGCGGUUCCAACAGGCCGCCGCAGGUGCCUGGUCCAUGGUAUACCAGUACAUGAACCAGUUAAAUACCAUGACAGGUCUGAAUGAUCAAUUGGGCAAGGCUCUCUCGCGUCCGGAAGUCGUCUCCGCCUGGUCAGAUGAGGAGAGGACGGUUGCCGAACUGCUGAAGCUGGACUUUAUGAAGUCAGCCGUCAACUUGCCAAAAAAGGCCAGAGACCGAUUUGUCGAACUCUCAUCUCGCAUCAGCGAUGUUGGCUCUGCAUUCGUGCAAGAUAUGGAGCCCAGAAAUAAAGAAGUCACGCUUCCAUCCCAUAGAUUUUAUGGAUUAUAUCCGGGAUUAGCGGCCACCUUGAAGGUCCGAUCCCAGAUAUCCAUCUCGACAACCGGUUCUGAAGCGGCAGCUGCGCUCCAAAGUGUGUAUGACGAGGAGACCCGCAAAGAGAUUUAUUUAGCACAACGGACCGCAUCACACAGCACGAUUGAGAACCUGGAGGCGAUGCUCAAACUUCGCGCAGAGUUGGCGAAGCUUGCUGGGUUCGAAAGCCACGGACACAUGGCUCUCAAAGACAGAAUGAUGGCCAAGACACCCGCAUCAGUAAUGAAGUUCCUCCUCGCGCUGCGAAAUCACAAUGCCCCCAUCAUUCAGCAGGAACUUGUUGAACUCACUGAAAAGAAACGUGAGCGCCUCGCUAUGCCCGAGGUCGAUCUGCAGGCCUGGGACAGAGACUUUUACAUGGAGAAAAUCCGGGCUGAGAUGCGAUCCCGCGUCCGUCACGAAGACCAGCUAACGGCAUUCUUCUCCGUGGGUACCGUCAUGCAGGGCCUCUCGCGGCUCUUUGACCGUUUAUAUGGCGUACGAUUUGUCCCUCGAGAAGCCUUACCCGGAGAAGUCUGGCACCCAGACGUCAAACGUCUUGAUGUAAUGUCAGACGACGGGGAACAGCUCGCCGUCCUCUACUGCGACUUGUUCUAUCGACCUCAAAAGUCGCCCAACCCAGCACACUUCACUGUCCGAUGCUCCCGCGAGAUACUCGCCGACGAGCUCAACGAGGCGACAGAGGACAUGGUCUCCGCCACGCCCAUCUUCGAUUCCCCUGAGUCUGCGGCCAACGACGGCAUGGAAACAUCCCAGCGCAACGGAAAAGUCAAACAACUACCCACUAUUGCCUUAGUCUGUGACUUCCCCAAGAGCGACUCAGCCCGCGAGCCGGCUUUCCUAUCGUAUUACUCUGUCGAAACGCUCUUCCACGAAAUGGGCCACGCCAUCCACUCCAUCCUCGCACGAACGUCCUUUCAAAACGUCUCGGGAACCCGUUGCGCCACCGACUUUGCCGAGCUACCAUCCACCCUCAUGGAGCACUUUGCCGCCGAUCCCACGGUCCUCUCCCUGUUCGCGCGCCACUGGAAAACAGAUCGCCCCCUGCCGUACGACCUAGUAAAAGAACGCAUCACCUUCUCCAAGCGCUUCGAAGGAAUAGACACAGACAACCAGAUCCUUCUCGCAAUGGUCGACCAGGCCUACCACUCACCACAGGUAGCCAAUCUCUCGUUCGACUCAACCCGCGUCUUCCACGAAAUCCAGCACCAGUUUGCCUACGGACCCAAAGAUCCACCCGAGACAUGCUGGCAGGGCUUCUUCGGACACUUGCACUCCUACGGAAGCACAUACUACAGCUAUCUCUUUGAUCGCGUUCUCGCCGAACGCGUAUGGCGGGUCGUUUUCAAAGGCGGGGAAAACCAAGCCGCCAUUAGCAGGGAAAACGGAGAGCGCGUGAAGCAGAAUCUGUUGAAAUGGGGCGGCGGCCGCGAUCCAUGGAGGUGUCUUUCAGAUACGCUGCAGGACGAGAGACUUGCGGCAGGCGACGAGGAGUCCAUGGCUUUGGUGGGCAGCUGGGGCAUAAAGGAUGAUCAUCAAAGAGCAUAG